AUGACGAACUGGUUGUGGCAGACAGUUACUCUCCUACUUCUCUACAGCCAGCUAGGAGGAACAGAUGGGAGGUGCCAGCAUCAGCCGACCUGCUCUGAGUGUCUGCGGAUCAGUGGUUGUGCAUGGUGUAAACAAAGGGGUUUUCUUCAGCGUGAGGAGAGAAAUGAGAGGAGGUGUGACACUGUGGAGAACCUCAGGAGAAGAAACUGCUCUGAAGUAAUUAACCCAAAGCCUGGUGCCUACAAACUCAGGGACAAAGAGCUGGAAAGUCGUCAAGGUAGCGUGGUUCAGCUGCGACCACAGGAAACUCACCUCAGGCUAAGAGUUGGGAAGCCACAAACAUUUAAAGUAGUGUUCAAAAGAGCUGAGGGCUACCCCAUUGACCUGUACUAUCUCAUGGACCUCUCCUACUCAAUGAAAGACGAUCUGGAGAAAGUGAAGACCUUAGGUUGGCAGAUUGUAGUCACCAUGAAAAAUGUCACCAACGCUGUCAGAAUUGGUUUUGGGUCCUUUGUGGAAAAGGUCACGGAUCCCUUUGUUGACAUGACCCCGUCCAAGCUGGCCCAUCCCUGUGUUCGCAAAAGUCUGCCCUGCCAGCCUUCAUUUAGCUUCCAAAAUGUUUUAAAGCUCACUGACAAUGUGGAGGAAUUUGAGAAGAGGGUUAGCAAGCAAAAUAUCUCAAGCAACCUGGACAACGCAGAAUCGGGCUUGGAUGCUGUGAUGCAGAUUGCAGUUUGCCAGCAUGCAAUUGGUUGGAAUGAUGUAACACGCCUCCUAGUCUACACUUCUGAUGGUCCAUAUCAUCUUGCUGGGGAUGGGAAGAUUGCAGGCAUAUACUUACCAAAUGAUGGAAAGUGCCACCUCAGCAGAGAUGGAUUUUAUGAGAAGGACACAUUGUAUGACUACCCGUCUGUUGGACAUCUUUCUGAGGUUCUGUCUGCCAAUAACAUUAAACUGAUCUUCGCAGUCACAAAGAACUCUUUAGAAAAAUAUCAGGAGCUAAGUAAACUCAUUCCCCAGUCCGUGGUGGGUGUCCUGGCAGAAGAUUCCGGCAAUGUUGUUCAGCUGAUCUCAGAUGCUUACGCUAAUUUGACAUCCACUCUGAUACUGGAGCAUCGCAAUGCCCCAGCUGGUGUACACAUCUCCUAUAACACACAGUGCAGUGAUGGCACACACAGUCGGGGCCAGAAACGUGGAGAGUGCACAAAAGUGGGCAUCAAUGAGCAGGUGAAUUUCACAGUGACUGUGACCAGUAUGGGAUGUCUUCCCAGAAAUGAAUCAUUCAUUAUAAAAGUGCAAGGCCUCAACGAGGAACUCCUCGUGACCUUGGAGACACUUUGCGAUUGCGUAUGCAAUGACACAGAGGAGCAAUCAUCUGAUUGCAAUGGCAAAGGGACGUUCACAUGUGGAGUCUGCAGCUGUGACGAAGGGUACACUGGGAAGACCUGUGAGUGUGAAAGGAAGCAGAAUACUCACUCAAUACUAGCCCUGGAAGAGAUGUGUAUACACCCCAACAGCACACUGGCAUGCAGUGGGCGUGGCACCUGCCUAUGUGGUCACUGCACCUGUGGAGCACAUCACAGAGGCCAGUACUGUCAGUGUGAUGACCUUAGCUGCAAUCGCCAUAACAACCUACUCUGUGGUGGUAACGGGAAAUGUGACUGUGGUAUGUGUGAGUGUUUCUCUAAUUACUCCGGUUCUGCUUGUGAGUGUUCCACUCUCACUGAUCAGUGCCAGACGGGAAACGGUGGGAUAUGCAGUCACCAUGGACAGUGUGAAUGCAAUCAGUGCAAAUGCCAUCCGGGUUUCUCUGGAAAGUAUUGUACAGAGUUGCAAAAUCGCUGUCAAAAGUACACGUGA